AUGGAUACUCCAGUAAAACAAGUAGAAGAAGACACGGCAUCUUCAACACAGGAUUUGUCAGAAACGACCGCAGAAAAUGAAAAGAAAUCGUCUGAUGAAGAAAUCAAAAAAGCCUUGACAAAAACAACAAGGAAGGUGAAAUAUAUUCUUCAACCGCGACUUCGAAAAGUCACAACUGUUUCAAGUUCUCUGGGUUUAGUUGUUCAAACAACAGCUGAAUUUUUGACAAUUUGGAUCUUGAAUACUUCAAAGUUUAUGGAUAUUGGACAUUCAGAUGUGACUUCGAAAUUUGAAUUGGGAAGUUGGAUAAAAAUCGGAUUAUUUCCCACAGGAGAAUUGGCUUCUUUGUAUCCACAACCAUUCAUAGUUUCACCACAUCCAACAAGAAUUGUUGAAGGAAAAGUUGAAGUAAUUUUUUUUUUUUAAAUAAAAAAAAAUUGGCGCGAAAACAUUUUUGCGCAAGCUUCUUCAAUUUAAAACAAACUCGCUGCGAGACCAGACAACUCACUAAUUAUGUGUUUCUUUUAGGUUUUCUCAACAGUUGGGGAGAGUUAUUCAAUUCGUGAAAAAGGCUGUCAAUUUGGUAAAGUUGGUUUUCGCGCAUCGCUUUCUCAUUUGCUCACAAAAAAGUCGAAAGAAACGAUUGGAGUUUGGAUAAGAUGGCUGACAGAAAAAGAAGCGAAAGAGACAACUGAUAAAUGUCAGUGGGAAAUUGUGGAAUUGGAUCAGAAUCAGACAUCGGAUUUGGAAGAUUUUGGUGAUCAUGAAUAUCGAAAAUUCAGCGAGUUUAUCAGAAAUCGAAUUGAAAGACCGGUAUGUUUUAAUUAAAAUUAUCUUUCUAUUUAUUUUCUUUAAACAGAGAAACUACGAAUCUCGCCUUUCCGAAUGCCCAUUGAAAUCAACAAUUCGCCAUUUCGGUCUGGUCACUGACACCUACGAAAAUAAAAGUCAUUUUUCCGUUUGGUCUCCAGGAGUUUCGUCAGAACAUGAUCAUUUGGCUAAAGUUCCACUUGACAAGGAAUCUGGAUUAUUAUUUGCUGAAUAUCCACCAGCUCCUGGACAAUGGUUACAAUAUGAUUUAUCGCCAAAAGAUGCGGAGAAAUAUGCGAUGCCAAAAGGCGGAGGAAAUCGCUUCUUUAUUAUUGAAUAUAUGCCAAUCAAUUCGCCAAAAGGAAUCACAGUCUUUCAAAUUGGGAGAUAUUAUAGAGUUUGUUCGAUUUCUGACAAGAUUUUUAAUUAAAUAUAUGUUUUCUAGUAGUUUUCGAAUAGCUUAUCAAUAUUCUGCUGUCCAAAACUGCAAACUUCAACUUCUGACAUGAGUUAUGACGUGGGAAAGUUGAAAAAUUGCGAUUUUGUUAGGCCGAAACUUGAUUUCAAAAAUGAUUUUCAAGAAAAUCUGAUAGCAUAGUCACACCUCGGCCAAGCCGUGGCUGGCCAGAGUACAAUUUUUGGAAAAAUCAGAAUUUCAGUUUUUAGAGGACAAAAACUGAAAAAAUUCACAAUUUUUGUACUGUAAAAAGUUAGCGUACAAUUUUUAUUGUGGAAACCACGAUUUUGGCCGAGGUGUGAGCAUAGUGUUGUUCAGAAGGCUCGAUUACAUAAGUAAAAUUAUUUUUGUUCAGUGAAAAAAGUUUUGAAAAAUAUUGGCUCGAUUACAUAAGUAGAGAAGGCUUCCGAAAUAUUUUUCAAAACUUUUUUCACUGAACAAAAAUAAUUUUUGAUCACACAAUGGAAACAUGUAAUCGAGACUUCUGAACAACGCUAUGCUAUCAGAUUUUCAUGAAAAUCAUUUUGAAGGAGAGUUUUGGCCUUCCAACUUUGCCACGUCAUAACUCAUGUUAGAAGUUGAGCUUUGCAGUUUUAGACAGCAGAAUAUUGAUCAGUUAGUCGAAAACUACUAGAAAACAUAUAUUUUAUUAAAAAUCUAUUGAAAAAAAAUGUUUUUGCAGAUAAUUCUAACCUGCGUCCUUGUGAAAAGCACUGAAGAUCCACUAGUCUAUGAAUUGCCAGAUUUUGGAUAUGUUUUGGAUCGAAAAUCGAAUCUUCGAUCGGGAGCAUUUAUGCAAUUAGUUCUGGAAAGAUUGCCGCAUCGAACCAGAAAAAUGUACAAUUUGAACUGGAAAAUUGUUGGUUCCAAGUUUAUUGAAGUUGCUAAAAUUGAUGAAAUCGAGGCGACACAAUCAUUGAUUACACAACUUGUACCACAUUAUGAGGCGUAUGAAUGUUGUACACCAAUGUCGAAUGAUAGAAUUACUUGUGAGUAUUUUUGAAACUAUCUAAUUUAUAUAUGAUAUUUAUAAAUACAGAUUACCCUGUUUAUCAUCGAUCACCUUUGGGUUCAAAUAACAGUCAACAUCGAUUUCCUCGCAAUAAUUUUGAUGGACCUGCUUUCAUGUACGAAAACUCGAAGAAGAAGUUUAAUAACUCAACUGUGGUAAUUUUUCUUUCAAAAAUAUCAUAAUUCCCCCAUUUUUCCAAAGGAAUGCACGGCUCUUGUUGAAAAAAUUGAUCAAAUUGCGAAAACUGCGAUUCUUUGGUCAUUUGAUGCUGCUGCAAAUUGUGAGUUUUUUGAAAAUCCCAGGAAUUUUUCCAUAUGUUUUAUUCAUUAUUUUCAGAUCACAUUGUUUACAAUGAUUCUUUGGAUCUUGAAAAAGGUGAUAUGAUUUAUGUGACACUUCAACAGAAAGCUGAUCAGAAAUCGGUUCGAGGAUUUCGUUGGUCGAUUCAGAAAUAUGAGAAACGCGAGCCGACUUAUAAAUGUAGUAUUUUGGGGAAUCGAGUUGCGGUAAAUUUUUUUUGAUAGGAAAAUUGAGAUUAUUUUGAAAUUAUAGCCUUUUUUUAUGGGCCUAUGCAGAAAAACGUCGAAAAACAAAAUAUACGGUUUAUUAUUUUUGAGUAUUUAGAGACAAUGUGAAAUUGAGAGAGUGCAGACAGACACAUUGAUUUUUCGCACAAAAAUACAAAAAAAUCAAUUUUUCUGUCUGUACUCUCUCAAUUUCACAUUGUCUCUACUCAAAAAUAAUAAACUGUAUAUUUUGUUUUCCGACGUUUUUCUGUAUAGGAAAAGUAUGUUUUUUAUUACAAAAUAUUAUUCUGAAUAGGCCCAUUAGAACUUUACAAUUUUGAAAAAUAGAGCCUGAGCAAAAAUUAAGUUGUGCUCAGGAUUUUUUCUGAAAGCUUCUCAAAUUUUAGUUUAAAAAUUUCGAAAAAACAGUGAAAAACCGUUGUCAAUUCCGAUUUUCAUGAAAAUUUGUCAAAUUUUUUAAAUUAGGAAACGAAUUUUUGAAUUAAAAUUGAUGGAUUUCCAUCUAGGACUUCACAUUUAAAUUUUGAUCAUCGGAUUUUUCAUCAAAAUUAUAAAAAUCGAAUUCAAAAAUUCGUCUUCGGGUUAAAAUUGUCAAAUUUUCAUGAAAAUCGGCUCCAAAAGCCAUGGUAUUUCACUGUUUUUUCGAAAUUUGCAAUUUUUAAACUAGAAGCUUCCAGAAAAAAUCCUCUUUCAAAUGAGAAAAACUCAUUUUUUGCUCACAAGCCUCCACCUUUAAUUGUAUUUUUGGCAGAUCUACGAAGAGAUGACAUUUUUCGGAAUAUUCGAUUCUUUGGGUCGCCCGAUUUUGAAAGGAAAACAUUUCCCGAUGAUUGUUGAUGAACAACAAAUUUUGCACUCAAAAAUCUUCCACGCAUUUCCAGCGCAAAAAUGCGCGUCUCUUAUAAUCAACGGUCUUGUGACUCGCCGCAAAAUUCCCAACGCAAACUAUGAUCCAAAUAAGAUUAACAAUAGUGCUGAUAUUUUCCAUUGGGUUCUGAUUGAUUCAAAUGGUCCGCCACUUGUUUGGCAAGUUUAUCCCACUUAUGUUUUGCCACCACAAAUGCCACCAAAUAUGAUUGUUCAGCCGCCGCCAAGUGGUGAGGGUUUUUUUGUUGUAAUUUUUAUAAAUUUUUUAUUUCAGAAAUUGCGACGACUGAUGAAAAUAGUAAAAGUGGACAAAAUUCGAAUUGA